UAGCUUUGUUCAGAAAGGAGCGAUGUAUGGACAGUAUGUGAAGGACUCUACUAGGAUGACGACCAAGAGAGAUUCGCUCGUGUUUUUCGUCAAUGGACAAAAGGUGACGGACCCAGCGCCCGACCCCACCGAGACCCUGUUGGCCUACUUAAGGCGGAAACUCAGCCUACCCGGAACAAAGGAGGGAUGUGGAGUCGGCGGCUGUGGUGCCUGCACUGUGAUGAUCUCAUCUUAUGACGUCACGAGCAAACGAAUAAAGUAUCCUUUUGUGUGA